UCCUCACAUCUAUGACAGGGGUGCUGAUAUCCUGCGAACUGUGGUUUGCUUCCUGUCGCUGGAUUUCAUUCGACUGACUUGACUGACUUCGUAAGAAGUACUGAUCAAUGCGAGGCCCUUGUCCCUUCUGCCUCAAGCAUUUCAUUCUCCCUUGAUGAAUCUUCAAACCGCCUUGCUCCAGCCGCAGACACAAACCUGGAGUUCCAUGUCUUUGUUAACUGCAGAUCUUGAACUAGUCUUUUGUGAAGUACUCUCCAUACUCAUAUCCGUUUCCGUUCCUAAGUCGUUAACCGUGUUGUCCAACGUUGAGUCAUCUUCCGCCCCCGCUCUCGCAGACUCUAGGGGUAUUUUUCUCUUUAAUUUCUUAGAAGCCUUGGGCGGGUGUCUCCAGCAUCCUGUAAACACAGAGCUGGAUACUGCCGACAAGGGUAGCUAACCCUUACCAGCCCCAAUGGGGUAUCUUUCCUCCUGUCAGCUGUCUCUCCAGGCUGUCACAAGGUCUUUCCCUUGUUGCCAGCUGCACUAUUCACAGCAGUCACUGGACGUAUCCAGAUUUCCAUCUUCAUGAUUUCCAUUACACGAGAGUAGAUGUUAAAACUUCAUGCUGAUUUGAACUCGGCUCUCGCCAAGAUAAGCACCAACUAAGACGUAGCUUUACAGUAAACUAAUGUGAUCCAUAUGUGUCUCCAUCCAUUUACGUUUCCUUCCAUAUGAUGAUGUAGAUAUCCUUCUGUCUGGUGUUAAUGGCUGAAGUGUAAUGCUGGCUCCAGGGAUCAGCUUAUUUUGCCUCCCUGGCGCAUCAGCACACACAACGGCUGCGAUGCUGGCUCCGGGGAUCAACCAAAGUGCGGCCUCCCCAGCGCAUCAGCAUGACAACCGUCUGGAUUGAGCUAAGUAGGGUACAUCUCUGGGGUUUUCAAGUGGGCACCUUCCAUCCUCAGUGUUUCGUCGACUAGCCCACGACACCUCAAGAGGGCUCGACGGUGAUUCUGGCGUCCCAGCAUCACCCCCCUCCGUCCCCCACUCAACUCAGCCCAGCUUACUUACCUGUACAUCAGCGUUUCUUUCUUUCUAUUGUGCUUGAGAUCCCCAGCCAGAAUCUUUCAGUCUCAACCACAGCCAGUUGCUACUCCUCUCUGCUGCUUCAGAUAAGUUCUUCACUGUGCGACGCAACUCUUGGCCACUGAAUCCGACGUCUCUGAGAAACCGGGUUGUAGAGUGUGCCACAAAUCCUCGACAACCCACUUCCACUGGGUAAACCCGAACUCUCCAUCCUCGCUGUUCCGCUUCAGUGGCUAGUUGAGCAUACCGCAGAAUAUGUUGAAUAUGUUUUUAAUAUGCAUGAAUAUGUUUUUAAGCAAAAAUGUGUAGGACCUGUUUAAUGAAUGCCUUCUCUUAUUGAUAUAUUAAUCCAGCUGGUGGUUUCCCUAGGGGCGAUUUAUUGACAUAAAAAAUCGGCAAAUCUAGUAACGGUAAAGAACAGGCAAUGUGGUAAAUUGGCUGUGGUAUAGCAUUGUAAACACGCUUAUAUUAAGCACAGUAAAAGCAUGGCCACACUAUUAUUACCUACAAAAUGGCCCAUAGUGAAGCUCCGAAAAAACUACACUCAUUACUGUAUUUUGAGUUUUGUUCCAGGCAUAAUCAACCCAAUUUGUGUUCUGUGUUUCAAGUAUUAUGGGGCUGCUUCAAGUACUAGAACCAGAUCAGUCUCUGCAAAAGGGAACUUGGUAAGCUACCCGGAUCUUUUUUAAUGCAGAGUUAUUUCAUAUAUAGUAUAUUACCUUUGUAAAAUAGCACCAUACUGCAUUGCAAGGGGUGUCUAACUGCGGUCUGGCGGGCCAGUCCACUCCAAGGUUAACAGGUACAAUGAGAUCAUGAGCUACUUCAGGUCUGGACGGAAUAAUCUAGUAUUGAAACUGCAAUCAAUUAGAUAGAAGUAAACCUAAUAUUUUGAUUUUUCUAUUUUAUUUUAUUAAUUUACCUUCCCUCUAUUUGUUGAUUAAAGACAAUUGCACAGGAAUUAGUCAGGGACAGUACUGCGAGUGCACUCUCAUACACAGACUAUUGUACUCAAUGUGUGCUGGUUCUGUGAUGUGGAAUAUUGUUCCUUGGGAUGCUAAGUUGAGACACUAAACGUCACUGGUGACCUGAGGUUUGUAGAGGUGUAAGGCUUAUAGACCUGUGAAGUAAUCUAAAAAAAAAAUAUCACAGGUUUACGUGCAAAAUAAUAAGUAUCGAUGCCAUAUUCUGAACGUGUGUGUGUGUGUUGUUUUUUGUUUACUGUGUUUGCAUGGUUUUUGACUUGCUGCAAAGAGAAUUCAUUUUUUCGAUGUGUUUAGGUGCAUGUGAAGCACACAUCUGCUGUAAUCUAUAGCAAGGGAUUCGGUGACAUGUACAUCAAAGGGCAUAAAGUAGGACUUCUGUUUGAAAAAUACCUGCCAUUUAUCUUAAACACCUGUCAGGACAGAAAUUCCUAAACUACAAGAAACACAAAGCCUGCUUUGAUGGAUUAUGUUAAAUAGAUUUUGAUAUUCAAAAUACUAUUUCUUUAACAGCAGUCUUUCAUGAAUAUCAUAUUUUAUUUAUUAAAUCAAAACAGACUUUAAAAUCAUUUGAAUGUGCUGUGCUCAGUCUUUAUUUCCCCGUGUGACUUGCACAUUUAAAAAAAAAAAAAUCUCAAGUAAAAAAAACAAUAGUGAAGGGCCCUUAUGCAGGGAAAUAUAGGACUUACUAUUUCGAAAUACUAAAAGAAACUUAAUUCUGUAACAAAUGACUACUUGUAUUUUUCAAUGUAUUCAAAAUGACUUUGUGGCGGGGUGCCCCGACCCGUGCAUAUUUAUGUGUUGUAUGUGGCGUGUUAAUGUUGGUGUAUAUGUGUUGAUGCACGGGAUAUAAUGUGGGUCUAUGUUUAGCACGAGUGUUGAUAAAUGUAUAUUUGUAUUUAGGCAUGGGGAUUGAACAAUCACGCCACAUGCAGAUUAAAGUGGGUACUAGUAUGGAAGCACGGGGAGCACAAUGCGUAAAAGAGCCAGUGGGUGCGUUCACAGAGAUCAUUAUGUGCAGAUUCUGUGCAGAAUCUGACCAUUUCAUAGAAGAUCAUUGGCUAAAUUGGUCAGAUUCUGCACAGAAUCUGCGCAGAAUGAUCUCAGUGAACGCACCCAGUGUUUCACGCACACGGGGCUGGGUGUUCGGUGAGUGGAGAGUGAGAGAGGAGAAAUAAUUAAAAAUAUUGACAAUUGCUAUUGGUGCUAAACCACCUCAGCACAGUAUUUGUUUGGGUCAGUGUUUUGUUUGUCUUUUUAUUUUGGCCAACACACCGUUUUGUUUUGUGAAAGUCUUUUGUUCUGUUUUAAAAACCUUUUUAUUUUAUUUAAUAAAUACGCGCAUUAGGGGGUUUCAUACCCCAGUGCUGUCUGUGUCUGUCUCCUUCUGGGUCUGUGACGUCCCCACACGCGCCAGACUGCCACAGACUUGUAUUCAAAACUUGUGAUUGGCUUUAUAACGUUUCUCUAAUGUUUCUUACAUCAGCAGCAGUGAGGGUUUAAUAGUUACUGAUGACUUUUAUAAUUUACUGGCAACAUGGCCUCACAGUGAAUUGAAUAUGGAAUACACCCUGUAUUUGGGUUAGCACUGUCUAAAUUUGAAACCUGAUAGAAAAUGUACAGAAGUCGAAGAGGCAAACACAGUUCAUGAUGACGUUUAAACUAACCUCAUGAAAUAUUGGGCGCAAUUCAUGAAGCAUUAACUCAUGAGUUAUUUAAGGAAUGUAAUUUCAAAGUCUGUUUUUCUGGAUAAAACCGAAUUUGAUAUUCCUGAAACUGUUCUGGACUGCUGUUUCAAGAUUGUAUUCAUAAAAACACUUUAAGUUGAAGUUUUUUGAAUGGAUCUCAAUACGUGCUUCCCGGGUAAUGUUAAUGUGUGCUCAGUGUGGUGUGAGGGGAUGUUCUACAGUGUGUUCCUUGCUGGCCUGUUUUUCAGGUAUGCCCUUGUGCCACAAGGGGAGAGUCCUGGGGUUCGAGUGGGUCACACAUGCACCUACCUUCCCAGCGCUGCGGACAACCAGGGUAAAGGGAAGAUCCUUAUUGUAGGAGGUGCAAUCCCUAAUGGAAGCUUCUCUGAUUCACACAUUAUAGAUCUGGCUACUCUAACUUGGUCACAGCCAGAUACACAAGGCAAAGCCCCAUCUCCUAGACAUGGUCAUGUAAUAGUGGCUGUAGGGCUCAAACUGUAUAUCCAUGGUGGGUUGGCUGGAGACAAAUUUUACAGUGAUCUGUACUGCAUAAAUACAACUGAUCUGAAGUGGGAGAGAGUGAUGAAAGGAGGCGCUCCAGCCGGCUGCGCUGCGCACUCUGCAGUGUCGCUGGGGAAAUUAAUCUACAUCUCCGGAGGAAUGGACGCAUCAGGAGCAUUAAACACUAUGUAUAAAUACCACACGGAGAAACAGCGCUGGACACUCUUAAAGUUUGAAGGUCUGCCCGCCAAAAGACUUGACCACUCCAUGUGUGUCAUUCCCUGGGCUGAUCCCAAAGCAUCCAGUCCACAGGCAGCUUGUGGGGACCAAGAGUGGAAAGAUUCAGCCCAGCAAGCAGCUGACAGCACAGAAGAGAAGAGCAGCAGCUCAUCCCGAGGAGCACCAGUGUACCUCUGCUUUGUAUUUGGUGGCAUGGACACUGAGGGAGGCCUUUAUAAUGACUGUAUUGUAACACUACUUGAUUAACAAGAACACCGAUUAUUUUACAGAGUGUAAUGUGCUAUUCUCGAUACAUAGCAGUUUAAGCUAGUCACGGUUUUACUGUGAGAACCAUCAUGGUAUGCCUUGUUGCUGAGCUUUCACAAAUUGAAGUGUUACAAACACCCCUACAUUUUAAAUCAGAAGCACGGUUGUGUGAAAUGUGUAUCUUGGUGUCUUAGGUUCUUAACCCAUUAAGUAACAAACGCAUUUUUCUUUGAAAAAAUCAUAACACAAGCUGUAUUUAUGUCAUUUGAUACAUUCUGUCAAUAUUUCUUCACCGGAAAAAAAAUGAAAUCCUUUGUUUUGGCUGAUCUGUUUUGAGGACAGUCACGUAGACGUGCCGUAAUUGAAACUUGCAUUGCGCAUUCAAUCAUUGUAAAACAUCAAAUGGCUUAAACUGAUAUGCAAUAGGGCGGUCUUGCUUACUACCCUGCUUAUAUGUAUAUUGUAAAUUGAUUCAUAUUUUUUGUAUACCAGUAAUAUAACUUUGUAUUUCACACUGAACUGUCUACUUCAUAUUGAACACCAAGUGUAAAUAUAAAAGCCCCUAGAAUGUGGGGUACAGAAGUAUAUGUUCUACUCAUUCUUCUCCCCUGGCCAAUAGAAUGACAAUGUAUUCACUUAUGUUGCCCAACUAAGUGUUAAACACUUUAAUAUGGAUGUCACAGUUAUCCUAAUGAAUGUCUUCUUGUUUAGAUUCACUUUGCAUAUCAUUUUCUGUCUCCGCAAUAACAUGUCUUUAAUCAUGUAGCCAGUGGGCUCUCAAACAUCAAAUCAAAUUUUAUUUAUAAGGCGCUUUUAACAAGAAAAAGAACAUUCGGAAGUACAUUUAGUACAAUAAAAACAGCAAGAGAAAACAACAUUUU